GCACACGAUCAAAGGCCCUACGUAGAAAUAGACAAAGAGAGAUGCUUAAUUUUAAGGCUGUCCGUGGGGUAAAUAAGAAUUUAUCUUUCAUUGACGUGGUUUCAGAAAAAAAAGAACAACCGGAAUAAUGAAAAAAAAAAGGCAGGUAGCCAAACACUCCGUAUUUUCCUUUCUUUUCUGAUUAGCGGCCGCACGAAUGCUACCCUUGGUUAGUUUUCGAAUAGAGUUGCAUAACACAUUGCAUACAUUUAUAGAUAUAAUUAUCUUAAUUUUAUUCUUAUCUUAACAUUGUCUUAUCUGGACGCGAAAGAAACCCAAAACCCAAGCAGGCGACAGGAAAUAAUCAGACAAAGCCACCCUAAUUCCUUUUAAUUAAAAUUCUUGAGGAAUGAAAAAAACUUGCUUUUUAUUGAUCAAACUAAUGACCCUAUACACUAGCAAAGCAAAAUCGUGCCGGCCUAUCCAAAUUUUUGCAUGCAACAUUCCCCACUCAGGUAUUAUAGAUUUAACUGCAAAAUAUCUAAAAAGAAAAAAUCAAACUAGCGCCGAAAUAUACCAUUCAGCCUUUUCCCACAAAAACAACACUCUCGGUGCCCUCUUGCAAUCCAUUAAGCCAUUCAUAUUAGGCAAAUUACAUGAUAAUAUCAUUAAUCCAAAACAACAAAAAGGUUUAAAAAGAAAGUAUAUAUAUAUAAGGUAUUCUCUCCUUGUACAGACUCCUCCUCUAUUGUAUUUUGGUAACUCUUUUGUCUUUCAUUUUACUUUUUUUUAAAGAUUGUUUUUCUCCUUUGGGAAUGGAAGAUGGAGGUAUCAGGGAUAUAGAUAUUCGUGCUACGUCUUCUCUGAAUGCAAGUGCUAGUGCUAUUCAUGGUAGACUGAAUCAUAUUGGAGGCUAUGGGGGGUGGUGCCCUGAUCAGCAGCCGUAUUAUAAUGGUACAGGUCCUAUCCAUAAGGAGUUUAUUCAAGUCGAAUUUCCCAGGCCCUUUCGAAUUAAAGGCAUAAUAACACAGCCCCGCGCUCGAGGUGUGGAAGGGAUUCGGAGGUUCUUGGUUUCGUACAGACAAGAUCAAGAAAACAAUGAAAAGUAUGCUUGGUUGUAUGAUGGAAGAUCACAAGUCAAGGUAAGUCAUUUCAAGGACCUUCAUAAGGAUGUUUUUCACGAGCAGCCUUAGCUCGCUAAUCAAUAACGAUACUUCUAUUCAUCGAUGCUCUUAAAGAACGAUACUUUCGCAACGGUCAAAUUUCAGAGAUUGCACGGAAAUUAACCUCUAAUAUCGAUGGAGUUCCUUCAGUCUUUAGUUGGAGUGGAUUUCUGAAGUAAUGCUAUUGCCACGGAUAUCAAACUGUUUUCUCAUCGGUGAUUUUGCGACUAAUUUUCAGGACCGGAGUCGGUGAUCUUUCCAUGUGUUCGACAUUUUAGCGUGACAACGACUAGGGGCGCUUUCCAUUCGACCAAAAUUUUCGAGAUUUCCGGUCAGAAAUCGAAUGGAACGGGAAAAGUUCCGGUUUAAGUUUUCGAAAAUUUAGGAAUACGUUUUGAGUGUGCCCUCUUGGAUGGAAUUAUCGGAACGUGUGUAUUCCAUUCGCGACAGAUGUCGGUUUUAGUCUUCCUGUCGAACCUGAGUUCAAGUGGAUGAAUGGGAACAACAAUAACUCGCACGUUUCCCUAGUCAUCCGGAAGUGGUUCUCAUACUUCCCCGACAAAUAGACAGGAAUUGUAACUUCGAAGAACCCAUCAACGUGAUUGAAUGUUCUCCGCAUAAAGCAGGCAAUUGCAGCCAGAAGUAUUGCAUUGUCGUUGCUGUCGAGAAUGGUACAGCUCAUCAUCCCAGAGUAAAUGUUUGAAAAGCCCGCCAUUUUGAAACACAACAAAGUCCACCCAACAUUCCCUGUGACCUCAAAAUUUGGGAUGCGUUCCAUUCGACCACAGGCAGCCCAAGCUUCAGCUGUGAGAUAAUCAUCUUGCGCAAUAUCAGUCACGACGGAAUUAUAAGAGUUUGUAUGGGAAUAUUUAUGACCGCUCUAAGGAAUAAAAAAAUACGUCAAAUUCUCAAUAAAAAUACCUCACCUUACUUCCACAGCAUAUCACUUGUUAUCUGACCGCUUACGUUGAUAAAAAGAACCCAUUUUAGCGAGUUCUCCAUUUCGAGGUUUUCUUGGUACGUACGUAGAAAACGAGAAUUCCGAAAAUUUUGAACCGGUGAUUUUCGUUGAAUGGAAAGCGCCCUUCCUAACAGCUGACUCGAAUGAGUAGUUGGUCACAUGAGACAAUCAAUCUCUUGCCUCCCUGUUAUUUGUAAGUACCGUGGUAAUAUUAAGGUCUUGACUAGCGUUUUUUUUUUUUUUAAUGUUUUUCGUUUGUUCUUUUAUCUUGUUUGUUGCUUAUUUGAUUUUUUGCAGUUUAAAGGCACACAGUGUCGUUGCUGCUUUGUCCCAGUGAUUAGGUUAACCAUUUUAUAUUUUCAUAUUUCAGAAGGCAAGGUUGAGAGGAACAGGUUUUUUCUGAGAACAAAAAUAAUAGCAAAUUUCAAAUCAAAUUGAUGGUAUCGCGUUUCAUGACGAGCUUGAAUCCUUUUAUGCAAAUGACUCUAGGCGAGCUUCUAUCUCCGCUUAAGCUCAUUUGCAUAGUAACCAGAUACUUCACACAGGUGACCUCCGAAUGAUAAACCAGCGAGGUGUGAAUUAGUUACACGGAUGCGUCUUUCUCCGGAGGCGUCAAUCAAUUGUGCAUUUCUUUAUACAAUCUAUCAGGAAUGCGCAGAAUCGCCUAAAAGUAUUUUUAACCUUUGGCAUUUUAAAACUCGGGUUCAACUUAAAAACUUCUUUUUACAGAGUACCCUUUGUGUAAGCAUCAGGUGAAUGGAUUCACACCGAAAUACGGGUAUUCGAAGCACCCAAGCAUCUCGAUUGUUUACAGAUGAUGAACCUUUGGCGUUUCAAAACUCGCGUUCAACUUCAAAACUUCUUUUCAUAGUACCCUUGUAAAGACCAGGUGAAACGGAUUCACACCAAAAUGCGGGUGUUCUAAGCACCCAGGCAUCUUAGUUGUUUACGGUAGCUGCUUGAAAUGCCGCACUGCGGCAUUUCAAGCAGCGAGAUUUAUCGUGCGUCAUCGUAUAGCUCUAGACAGAAAUCAUCAGGCACACAACCUUACCUUAACGCCAAAUUGGUCAGGCCAGCGAGUAGAAUUUCUUUCUCGCGAAGCAAACACAGUUAAGACCUUACCUUAAGGAAAGAACGAUAACACUUUUUUUUGCCGAUACCGCCGUACCUUCGUACAGAAAUUUGGCGGGAUUAAGUUCCCGCGCUUACCUGACGUUUGGGACUUACUAACUGAAAUAUUAUUUCAUACUUAAAGAGCUCUUUAGCAUAGACGCCAGAAAUGUAUUAUCAAAAUAUCAACCCAAUCAUUUCAAGUGUUAAUGAUACUCCUGUAUCUCCAGAACAUAAUGCAGUCGAAAUCUCUCUCGAAAACAAGGUCCUCCCCCGAGCAGCACACUUAAGGGGAAAAGACCAUAUCUACGCGUGCCGAUGUAUUAUUCUCUGACAUGGUUUGAUGCUACUCUGGUUUACAGAUUUAGUGAAUGUAACCGAAGAAGUUAAAAUUCAGAGACUCAACCUUUCGACACUUUGGGGCAUAUUUUCGCCAAACUUAAGGAUCCCGUCGAAUCGACGCCAUUUAUUCUAUUCCUUGCGAUGACUGUGACAACACGAAUACAUCGGACGAAUACAUUUACACCUCGUCAGAAAAAAAAGGCAGCUAAUUAGUGAUCAUAUAAAAGGACCUCUUGUUGCCGCGUUUAGAUCACCCUGAUGAAUGCACAAGACAGGAGUGUCGAAACGUUGGGUCUAUGAAUUGUAACUUCUUCGGUUACAUUCAUUAAAUCUGUAAACCAGAGUAGCAUCAAACCAUGUCUGAUUGUCCACCUGGUUGCCGCGUGAACUUUAAUAUAAUGUAUUAUUCUCUAUUUAAUCAAAUGAGUCGAUAAUGUGAAUUGGCGUCCGUAACGAGAUUUUAAGGCUGACGUUUCGAGCGUUGGCCCUUCGUUAGAGCGAAUCCUUUCAUAACAACUUUACUACCUACCGUGAAAAUCAUGAAACAACGACUGUUAUCGAAUCGGGUGUAAGGUUUCAGAAAUAGUAAAUGUCACUUGUGUAAUAUCACCGGAUAUUUCCCGGUGUAACUGAGACCUCGUAGGUCUCGAGAUGUAUUUAGAAAAAAUUUAUUUGUGAGCAAGCGAAAAUGUUUCAUGGCUUAUAGUUGGGGAUUUGCUAACAUCAUGCACUGUUGUUGUAUAUGUCUCAGUUCUUUCAAGGAAAUAGCCUGUCGGAGUUGAAACCUCCACUUGUAGCAGACGGAAUAAGAAUUAUACCUGAAAUAUUUCCUCGCAGACAGGUGUGCCUCAGGUUUGAGCUUCUUGGCUGUCAAAUUGAAGGCGGUAAGCUUUUUACUUCAAUUAAAUAAAAAUGAUAUAAAUAAUUUAUACAAUGUUGUUUCUACAGAAUAUCCAACAGCGCUUUAUAAGACUUGAAAUUGAAUAAUGAGAUAUAUGUUACAUGAUAUCAUAACUUUCUAUAGAGGAAAGGUAUCUAUCAAGUAUCAAUUGCUUGAGGAAAGCCAUCUGAUAUUCAACAGAAAUUUUCUUGCAUUAACGUGAUUCAUCAGACAAAAAAUGUUAUGAAACAAUUUUUAAAAACUCUCCUUGCAUGUUCCUCACCAAUGUCGGUUUGGAAAACUACAACAAAAAGAACAGGCCACUGUACCUGCUUUAGUGGUAUGGUGGACAGUCUUACUGUAUUUAUUCAUGGUUAUUAUAAUUACAGUCUUACUGUAUUUAUUCAUGGUUGUCAUGGACAAUCAGACACGGUUUGAUGCUACUCUGGUUUAAAGAUUUAAUGAAUGUAACUGAGAAGUUACAAUUCAUAGACUACACAUUUCGACACUCCUGUCUGGUGCCCUCAUCAGGGGUGAUGAGGGCACCGGACAGGAGUGACGAAACGUUGGGUCUAUGAAUUGUAACUUCUCAGUUACAUCCAUUAAAUCUUUAAAGCAGACUAGCAUCAAACCGUGUCUGAUUGUCCACCUGGUUGCUAUAUGAACCUUAAUAUGUCCAUAUAUGUUAUUUACUAGGAACAAAUUAUCACGAAUUUAUCACGAAAUAUCAUUCCCGAAUAGUUACUGUCAUUGUUAAAUGAGAGCCUAACAUGACAUUUCUAUUUAUUACUUAAUUAGCGAUUGUCACGUACAAGAUGCUCCAAGGUAACUCUCUGGACGGGAGAUACAACUUCACCGAUUCAAGUUAUGAUGGUUUGACUGAAGGCCGCUUUCUAUUCUUUGGAUUGGGAAUGCUUACUGAUGGACGAUUGGCCAAUGAAGAUCUUACAGUAAAUAACGGAUUGGGUUGGAUUGGCUGGAACAUGAUAGAGACCCCCAAACCUUACAUAAUAUUUGAUUUUUUGAACAAAAGAAUCUUCAUUUCAGCUACUUUCCAUUGUAACGUCAAAGACCAGACACACAUCGAGUUGUUUUCCAGAGUUGAAAUAAGGUUUGAUAAAACAAUGUGGAAUGGUUCUCCACCUGAUCUCAUGCAAGAACCCAGGGAAAUUUCCAUUCCAUCAUCAACACCAUCGAUAAACCGCAAUGUUACAAUCGACCUGUGUCGCCGUGUAGGGAAGUCUGUAAGGUUCAACUUUACCUACAGAGGACAAUGGAUAUUAAUCAGCGAAGUUAUCUUCAACUCAGGUAAGUUAAAAGAGCUCUAA